ACACUAUCACCAUGGAUCACACAGAUAGACAAGGAGCGAGUAGUCAAGAUCCCCUCGUUUGUCGCUUGCAGAAAGAUAGAGGGGUAUAAGCAGCCAGUCUACUUGAUAUGUUUCUAUGUAUUUAUUCUUAUUAUUCUGACGAAUCGAUAUUUUUGCCCUCUCUAUUUGACAUAAUAAGGAGAGACAACCAGCAUUAGAAGGGUUCUUGUCAGACAUUCUAAGACUUCGCAGAAUUAAUUCGCGACGGACCACAUUGCUGCAUGCCUCCUGCUUAAUUAAGAUUCUGCAAUUGAUAAACCGGCGCCAAUACUUACCAGGCAGUACUAGAACAUCACGAUCGCCGUUUUGACUAAUCCACGGGGCAGUGGGCUCUGACUGCAGCGCAUCUUUAGGAUUCUCAGCGAGUUGACUCCAAGUUUCUAUUACAAGGAGUUUGCAAUGACAGCCACGAAGGAGCAGCAGCCGAAUCAGAGACAGAAGCCACCGCCGAAGGAUGACGAGGAGGACCUUGGUGCGGGAGCUCCACCUGAGAGGAACUGGAAAGGGAUUGUUAUCGCUCUGCUGGUUAUAUUGGGGGUCUGCUCUCUGAUCACAUUGUCUGUCAUCCUCCUCACUCCAGCGGACAGCCAAUCUGGCAGUGAUAGCAAACUCACUGUGGAAGAUCUGUUCAAGCCUGAGUUUGUGGUCCAUGACCCAGAGGCCAAAUGGAUCAACGACUCAGAAGUCAUCUAUAGGAAUCGCGAUGGCCACGUCAUCAAGUUUAACAUCCUCACCAAUGAGACUGAUAUUGUACUGACAAACACAACGUUCGUCAAUUUCAACGUUGCAAAGUACUCUGUUUCCCCGGACUUGAAAUAUGUGCUCUUUGCCUAUGAUGUUAAACAGGUUUACCGGCAUUCAUACAUGGCCUCAUAUAGCAUUUAUAACAUUCACACAAGGGAGGUAUGGGAGUUGGACCCUCCGGAGGUGCUUAACUCUGUUCUGCAGUACGCUGAAUGGGGAGUGCAGGGCCAGCAACUGAUCUACAUAUUUGAGAACAAUAUUUACUACCAAUCAGAUGUGAAGAGCAACUCACUCAGACUGACAUCUUCUGGAAAGGAAGGGGUCAUCUUCAAUGGGAUUGCUGACUGGCUGUAUGAAGAGGAGAUUCUCCAGUCCCAUGUGGCACACUGGUGGUCACCCGAUGGAGAGAGAUUGGCCUUUCUGGUUCUCAAUGACACUCUGGUGCCAAAUAUGGCCCUUCCUCGCUUCACUGGGUCUUCAUACCCCAAGGGAAAGCAAUACCCCUACCCUAAGGCGGGCCAACCAAACCCCACAGUGAAGUUAUACGUGGUGAAUUUGUACGGGCCGACCCAUACUCAGGAGCUCACACCACCAGACAGCCUCAAAAUAAGGGAGCACUAUGUAGCCAUGGUCAAGUGGAUCAGUAAAACCAAGACAACGGUCAGGUGGAUGAGCCGUGCCCAGAAUGUGUCAAUCCUGACCGUGUGUGACACCACCACAGGGGCCUGUGUUAAGAGGCAUGAGGAGACCUCAGAGCUCUGGCUUUCCAAGCAGAACCAGGAACCAGUGUUCUCCAGGGAUGGCAGCAGAUUCUUCCUGACAGUGCCCGUCAAGCAAGGCGGGCGCGGAGAGUUCCAUCACAUCGCCAUGUUCACCACACAGUUCAGAGCAGAUCAAAAUGAAGUCCGCCAUCUUACGUCAGGGAACUGGGAAGUAACUAAGAUCCUGGCCUAUGAUGAGAGCAACGACAACAUUUAUUUCCUCAGCACUGAAGGCUCACCACGGAGAAGACAGCUUUUCAGUGUGAAGACUGUGGGGUUGUUCCCUCGACACUGUCUGACGUGUGAGCUAAAUAAGGCCCACUGUCUGUUCUUCAAUGCUGAGAUAAACCCCAGUAAUCAGCACAUCCUCCUCCACUGUAAAGGUCCGGGAGCACCCACUGUGAUCUUACACAGCCUCAAUAAUGCCAAUUACUACAUCCUUGAGAACAACUCUUUACUGAAGGCAGCUUUGAAGAUCAAGAGGAUUCAAAUGACGGACUUCAGAACAAUCCAGAUAGAACAUUUUGAUCUUCCUUUGAAGAUCUCCUACCCACCAGACUUUUCUGAAUCACGUCACUAUGGCCUGCUUCUGGUCGUCGAUGGCUCCCCUGGUGGCCAGGCUGUGAGCGACCGAUUCAUUCUGGACUGGGACUCGGUUCUGGUCAGCUCGGAUAACAUCAUUGUGGCUCGUCUAGAUGGCAGAGGGAGUGGCUUCCUGGGCCAGAGGGUUCUACAUGAGGUCCACCAACGUUUGGGGACAGUAGAGGUGCAGGAUCAAAUCUCAGCUGUGGAAUACAUGUUGACCUUCCCGUACAUUGAUCGUACACGGAUAGGAGUAUUUGGGAGGGGUUAUGGUGCCUAUAUUACAUUAAUGAUGCUCAAAUCAACAGACAGCCUGUUAAAAUGUUCCGUAGCAAUGUCCCCAGUCACAGACUGGAAACUAUAUGCAUCAGCAUUUUCUGAGCGGUACCUUGGCAUGCCAUUACGGGACGACAGCAGAUAUCAGUUCUCCAGUGUGUUGCAGAAUGUCCAGCCACUGAGGGAACAGACUCUGAUGCUUGUACACGGCACAGCAGAUGCCAAUGUCCACUUUCAGCAUACUGCUGAGCUCAUUAAGAACCUUGUGAAAGUUGGAGCAAACUACUCGAUGCAGAUCUAUCCAGAUGAGGGUCAUUUCCUGUCCCAGAGAAGUAGGCUGCACCUCUUUGCCUCGCUCACCAGCUUCUACAGGGAGUGUCUCAAGGAAGAGAUCCUACCGCUGCCCGAUGAUGAUGAGGAGGAGGAAGAGUAGGAUGUGGUGGAGACCUUCGGCAGGACUUUUGCAGGACUUCCUCACUGUAAAAAAUUUGCUGAAGCCUGCACGAAAGGCUGGUGGCUUUUGGACCAAGUGUUAAGGCAGAGGUGGACAGUGAGAGUUGCGGCGUGUGUGUGUGGGUAUGUGCGUGUGUGUGCAAAUCACAUAGCUUGUGUUAGUUUGUGAGAGAGUUUGAUAGUGUUUGUGCGUGUGCCUGCGUAUGUUUGUGUGUGCAUGUGUUUGCAGUCAGAGAACUCCCAAGGACACCUGUCAAAGACAAUGGACACCAGAAUUGGCAAGACUACAAGUGGGAACUCUCACUUAUCCAAAAUACCACUUCAAUCUCCACCUCUGAGACGAUCCCUCUCACGGCAAAGCACAUAGCAGACUGCCUCCAUCUCCGGCAGGAGCCAUUAGGGUUUCAACAUCCACACUUACAAGUGCAUGGUUCUUUUUCCCUUUCAGCUAAACUAGUUUUGCCAUGUUAGUUUUCAUCGUGGUAGACAUUGGAAGAGACAAACACAUAUGUACCCUUUUAAAUUUUACCCUCUCUUUAUUUUGGGGUUUUGAUGCACACGGAUAUGCUCCACUGCUCUUCAGAGACAUACUGUAGGCAAUGCAAGUUCACCUUGACUGUGACGUUGUCCGCAAAUAAGUGCAAUUCCGGCUGAAUGCUCUCAUCUUUGACCCCCACUGAAAAUAAGUCCUUUGGGGCACACUUAAUUGUACAAGGGUCUCAUGUAGACAUGUUCAAUGCCUUAUGAAGUGCUACACAAGACCAUUUACUGGCAUUCAUAUCCCUUGAUUAUUAGAGGUUUCACACUAACCUGUGUCAGCUCAGUUGUUUGAGAUGCAACUGUCUCAGAGACAGUCAAUAGCAGUUGUAAUGUCAGGUCAUAAACCAAUUAUAAUUAGUGGUGAGUGGUCACAAAGGCCGUCAAAUGACAUUGUGCAGGGCUAAGUAAGGCGUUUGCAUGUCUACAGGGGGAAGCCUAAAGUGUUGUCGUAUUUUGUACAGUACAAUACAGCAGAGUGUGUACAUACAUAUAUUUUUUAGAUAUGUCAGAUCUCAUGGAUAGGUUAGUCUAUGGGAAUGAAAUGACUUGACAUGUAUGUCGUGUAUAUUUUUCAGUUUAUUUUGGUUUUAAUAGAUUUUUCUUCUUAGGAUGGAUUUUGUAAUGCUUGUUCAUGCUAAUUUUGUUGUUUUUGAAGGGGGGGGGGUGGUGAUGGUUUUGGGUUAUUGUGAUUGUCCUCCAGUGAUGAUUGUGAAUUAAAAAAAACACUGAAAAAACAAAUAUAUUACCAUAAGGUAUUCAGCACAAAUUACAUUCAACCACAGUGUUGUUAGUAUUGAUUGACAAAAUGAUCCAGGCAAUUAUACUGUAUUUCAUCGGUUCGUUGACCUUGGACUCACCUUUGUGCCUAGAUGAGUUGAGUUGAGAGCCAAUGAGGGCCUUGAGGCAGAUGGUUUAUCAGUGUUGUGUUUAAUAGACUAAAUGCUGCUCCCUGGGAGUGAGGAGGACACACUUCACCCAAUAACUAUAAAUUGGAUCUCCACCAAGAGUGGGCAGCUGUGAUCCUAGAGAGCAACAAAUUGCAGGCUUUUGUUCCAACCCAGCUCUAACAUAUGUAAACCAGUCGUGGUGUGCGAGCGAGAGAUGUUGAUACCUCUUUGUAGAACAGCAUCCAACAUAAUCUCAAAGUGUAUUAUGUGCAGUGUAUUAACGUGAAGCAGAACUUGCAGUGCUUUGUGGUGUCUGAUGUACUUUUUUAUUGAUUACCUGAUGUAAUCAACCUGAUGUAAUUGCCCGAACAAUGGUGUUUCUCUACUGUACAGUUUCCUACCAACAAACAAAUUGGGAAUCAAGGUAGCUAGAGUACAGAUAUAUUGGUUUUAUUCUAGCGUACAUUAUUUAGACAAAUAUACAAAUACAAUUCACUAAGUACAUUUACUGUAUGGUGAAUGGGACGUUUGUGUGUAAUUCAUUUGAGGCAAGCAUUAAUAUACAUGAUCAACACUUCAGUAAAGCUGCACCAUAUGAUGGAUAGAAUGGUAGACAAUUAUUGAACAUAAGUUGUGUUUUGUAUAGGUGUCAUGAACUUAGGCCGGGAUUCAAUCUGAAGCCUGGUUAUACAGAAGCGUGCUUGACAUUUAAAGGGUGACCGCCACGGCUGGCACCAGAAGGAAUCAGUUGGACAGGCAUUUGAUUUCCAAACGGUGGCACCUUUUUUCAUGGGACUUCCUAUAUACAUUUUUUUAUGGGUUUUAUAGUAAAGGCAUUUAGUUUAACUGUAAAAAUGUUUCACCUUUUAAUGUGGCAUGAACACAAAAGGUUACAAUGUUUUCAUCUGAUUGCCAAACAAAUCACUUAAUAGGCUGCACAUGAGUUUCAAGUUUGGGGAAGCGUACAAUUUAUGUUAACAUUUCUACAGAUCUGCGUGCCAGUUAUGAUUUACAUAUGCACAUUUUCGUGGAACAGUUUUAUUUCAAUAAUGAUCAUUUUGUUUCUCAAAAUCAUUGUGAGUUGGUUAAUCAUAAAAAUCUGAAAUGAAAUUAUAAAAUGCUCAAAGUUUAAAUUAAACUAAUGCGAGAGCACCAGCCUCUGCCAAAUGGACACAUUGAUACACCAUGAACCAUUGGCGGCUAAAAUAAUGACUGUGUGCAUGGAGCUCAAUGAUAUCCUAUAGGCCAAUGAGGCAGUAGGCCUGUAACUUCCAUUGUCAACGAAGUAAAAACACAUAAAACCGACAAAUAAAAAUGCAGGUUCUUUCAAUUAAAUUAAUUUCUCUACUCUGCCUGUAUAGCUCCCUUUCUCAAGGACUUGACUUGAAUUAAUGAAGUGCAACAUUGUAUCAAAUCACUCAACUGGGACCAGAUGAAGCUGUGGCUAGCGAACUUGGAACAUUGUAUCAACUAACCUAUUCUGAGCCUUCAGUUUCCCACACCAGUGAGCUUGGGACAGAGAGAUGUUUUUGGGAAAAAUGUUCAGGUAUUUAAGGAUGUUUUCCAAUGGAUAUAUGCAAUUAUCAAAUCAUUAUAUUUUGCUCUUGCACACCGAGGCUUAGUGAUUAUCAAGGGGGAGAGUGUUGGAAUGAUAACUAUUAUCAUUCGCAAUGGAUGUAAAAAAUAAAAUUAAAAACAGACU